AUGUUUGAGCCGCGACAAUAUGCCGAAUGGAUUCAUGGGGAGAUUUUCCAACCUGUCAUUGUCGUUAUUGGCACUGCAAAUGCAAAAACCAGGAUCAAAGAGAUCAACGGUUUAUCGCUGGCAGAACUCUUUGCACCCUUUGGUGGACAUUUUCCUCCUGGGAUUUCGGUAUCGGUGCAAUCUCUAGAGCGUCAGAUCGCCAUCGAACAUUUCCGAGUUCAAUUCACGGAUGCCGAUUCUGCGGUCCAACUGAGUCAGCUCCAAGCAGAUCAGUUGGCAGAUUGGACAGUGGAGUCCAGUGCUUUGGAGAGACCAACACGUUCCCAGAGUGCCAAGGCUUUGGAAGCACCUAGUCCUUGGUAUGAAGAAUGGCGAAGCGCCCUCUUCCGAUCAUUGCGUUGGUCAGAUCAUGAAGGCUUGGAUCAACCUACAGCAGCCUUGUUGGUGGUCAUGUCGAAGGAAUCAGAUCCAGCAAUGCUAUUGGAACAGCUACUGCAUUCCUCGAAUAUGCCACCACUUUGCACCCAGGGAGUGCUUGACCCGGUGCCCUCUAGAGUUGCAGUGCUUCUACAUGAUGCAUCUGAUCCAGCUAGUCCAAGCAAGGAAGAACUGGUCAGGAAACUGGAAAACUUGAAAACAAGCUUUGCCCCAAAUCAAGUUUUUGUCCUGGAAAUCAAUCAUGGUCCUGCUGAUCAUGUCGAACAGGAGAUUCAGGACCUCUUCAAGACAUGCCGGAGUCGUCGUGCACCUCCGCCACCUCCGGCUCCAAAUGAAAGCCCAUCUCCGUCUCCUGGUACGCGACUCUCGCAGGAGGACCUCACGAAUUUAGCGCAGGUGGUGACUGAAGUGGUUGUGAAGAAUGCUGUGCCGUGGAUGGAAAAGCAACUUCAGCAACUGGAGGCUCAGAUCUCCCAAAGCCGAAAGGGCUUUCGGAAUCAGUUGAAAUACCUUUGGCGGAAGCCUCGUGAAGCAAAUGAACGAGGUGAAGUGGUGCAGGAGGAUUCUGGUGCCUAUCCAUUGCACUCGGUAGAGGGGCAAAUGAGAUUGGCGGGUGAUCUGUCGUUCCACUUAAGAGACUACGAGGUUGCUCUUGGGUACUACCGCAACGUUGUCAGCGACUUCAAGCAGGACAAGAGUUGGAAACAUGCCGCUGGAGCAUACGAGAUGUGGGGCCUUUGUGCCUACAUUACCAAUGGUGCCAGGAGUGAAUGGAACCGCUGCAUGGAGAGUGCCUAUGAGCACUACUUGCAAGCAUCUUCCACCAGAUUGGCGAUGCGAGCAGUGGUCUUGCACCAGGCGAUGUGGUGCGACCUCAAAGAGGCGGCAUUGAGGCUGAUGAAGGUCAAUGGAGAUCUGCCUGACAACAAUUUGCGAAAUGCCCUCAUUUUGGAGCAGGCUGGGCAGCUGUACUACACCUGCGGUGCUCCCAGGAAGGGCGCCUUCCACCUGGUGCUGGCGGGCCAUACUUACAACAAGCUGGGUUUCAAGAGGCUUGCGCUUUUCAGCUAUCAAGCUGUCGUGGACCUGUACAUAGGAAAGGGAUGGUUUCACAUCACUGACCACUUUCAUUUCACGAUGGCACGACAAGCAUUUGGAUUGGGCCUCAAAGACGAGUCCUUAUCCCACUUCUUGAAACUCCUGAAUUCCUUUGCAGAUGCUGACAAAUAUGUUUGCAUUCAGGCAGAACGAGAGAACACUUACAUCAAGGAGUUUCUCUAUGUCUUGAAGGAUUGGGUUCAAAAGAAGUGCAGUGAGUCGGAGAUCGAGUCAGUCGAGCUUCAGAUCCCCUGCAUUCAGCCGGAAGUUCGGCUUCGAUUGCCGGAUGAUCAGCCAAUGGCGACAGCUAUGCCGGGUGCUGCUGCUACGUCUCCGAAGAACGGAGAUGAGGCAGCCACGUCUGCCUCCUGGGAGCUGCUGGGAGAGAAGAUGUUGCCCACCAUCAGCCCGGAUGACCGGAUGGAAUUGAAUUGGCGACAAAGGUCAGAUGCUCGCAUUUUUGACACUUUGCGUCGUGUGACCACAGUGGGUUCUGAGGUUUCAGUGGAGCUCACCUUGACGAAUCCAAUGCGAGUGAAGUGGGAGAUGCGAGCAGUCCGGCUAACCGGAGAGCUUCAGGACGACACAGGAGUCUGUGAUGAUGCGGUGAUGUUCCCCUCUCAGGAUGUGACCUUGGGCGCACUGGAGUCCAGAACCAUCCAACUCACAGCGGUGCCCAAAAAGGAGGGUUUGUUGAAGAUCCGGAGCGUGACCUGGGGCAUUUUUGACUGCCAACAGGUGAUUUGUGACAGGCCCUUCCAGUUCAAAGGCAGACGGCUGAGAAACACGCUUGAGCAGCGGGCAUCACAGAGCGGUGUUUACAGUGAUGAUCUCCGUCUCGAAAUCAAGGUUCGAUCCAACAAGCCUCGCUUGUCUGCUUGCCUUGAAGGUUCGCCUGAGUUGAGGAGAAUGGAUGGGACGCAAGAAGCGCAAUUGCUACAAGGUGAGCUCCACAAAUGCAGUCUCGUCAUGAGAAAUGUGGAUUGCCCUUUGGCGUUUCUACACAUAUCGACGUCUCAUCCCAACUUCGUUGCCUUUGAUCGACCUGAGGGGAAUGAGGACCUCAGCAUCGACUUCAGGGACGAGGGCAUUCGACUGAAAGGAACCUUCCCGAAGGAACUUCGCGUUCCAGUUCUCCUGUGCAUCAAUGCUCGUGGUUUGCAUGCGCUGCGCUAUUUGCUUUUGGCAGAGGCGGUUGGUGAUGGGAUCAAGAGUGAGCAGAGGCAGUGGAUCACCUUGGAGGAGCUGACUCGCGUGGAGCCAGCCCUUUCCUUGAGUGCCAGGCCGAGCCCAUCAUAUGCCUCCGACGGACGAAUACUGUUCAACUGCCACUUGGAGAAUAAAGCUGCUGUGCCUCUUCAGGUGCAGCAAGUGCAAUGUUUCUCGGGUACAUCGCAAUUGCAAUUCCAUGCCUGUGGUUUUCAAGGCAGAGAAAUUGUGGUUGAGCCUGGUCAAAUGGCUCAGAUGCUGUACUCCUUACGACCGGGGGAUGAACGCCCAGCUGAACAGUCAGCGAGGUUGCGACUGCUGCAAGCAAACCGCAAGAAAUCCAGAAGUUCAAGACGAGAGAAGGAGCCCUGUCCCGAAACAGUCGACUUGGUAGCUCAAUGGCAACAAGGAGAUCGCGCAGAUCGUACCGGUGAGGCUUUCGCCCUCCAAGUGCCCCUCGAACGUCCUGAAGCGCCACCGUGUCCGCUUGACCUCCAUUUGCUGGCCCCGGAAGUCGCAGAGAUGGCGCCGGAUUUGUUGGUUCCCGUGACGGUGCGAAUCCGCAACGCGUCAAUGGCUGGGUCAGUGUCCUUCUAUUUUGUGGCAGAGUCCUCAGCAGACAUUGCGUGGAUUGGUUGCGAGCGAUCAGAGAUCAUCAGCUUACCUCCAAACACGAGCCACACUGCCAUCAUCUACGCGUAUUUCGUGCAGCCAGGUGUUUACAACCUGAAUCGAUUCCGUCUUUUUGUGGUCGGAAUGCCCUCAGGCUCCGUCCCUGCAUCCGAGCAGGCUCCUCUAGCCUUUGCAGUGCCCUUUGAGCGGCUUCUCCAUGUGGUGGCGAGCCAAAAAGAGGGGACCGUAGGAUGA